AUGUUCACCCAGUUUCGACUUCCGCCAGCCGAAGAUUAUCGCGCCGAGGAUGGCGGGAACGCGAGUUCCCGCACAACCCACCAUUCCACUACAACAAUCACGACCCGCACCGAGACUACUUCCUCUUCUCCAGCAAACCGACCUAGGGGAUCCCGCGGCGUGAGGAGACCACUGAGCUGCGCUACGUGCAUUAAGAAGAAGACAAAAUGUGAUCGAAAACUACCAUGCGGAACAUGCGUUAACAGGGGGGAUGCGCUGCUUUGCUCCUUUGGCCCCCAGGGGACUGCUCUCCGUCAGGCUAAGGAAUGUGCAGAAUUACGCCAGAGAUUACAGAAACUCGAAACCAUGAUCCAGGAAAUCCUCGCUACAGAGAAGACUGUGAAGGCCGGCUCACCGCCGAACGGCGGCGGCGCUGGGAAUAGCGAUAUCUCGUCACAUAUGCCCCCGCCACUGUCGCCGGCUACUAGUGCGUCGAGUACCCUGUCGCCUCCCGGGCAUCAUGACGAGGACGAUAGGGACAGCAGGAAUGGCCGCCCGAACGCCUCUCUGGAGUAUGACACCAAUGGGGGAGCUUCCUACGUUGACCAGUCGAGAUGGGAUUGCGUGUUAUUAGAAAUGAGCGACUUGAAGGCUUCCAUACGGAAUAUCAGCGGAGGAGAAGUCGACGGGGAGGAAGGACCGGUGUCGAACGACGGGAAUAAGCCACAGCAGCCGCAAGUAGAGAAGCAGACCCCCGCAUCGUAUUCCUUGUUCACAGCGCCGACAAACACGGAUGCUGGCGAAUUCAUUCUUAUGCUUCCGCCGAAGCCGCUGAUUGACUAUCUCGUUUCCCGCUACAUCGAGGUUUUCGCGUCAUUGUUUCAUGUCCUCCAUGAGCCGUCGUUCAUGGAGGAUUAUCGGGUAUUCUGGGAGUCGCCAAAGGAUGUUUCGCUCUCAUGGCUUGCACUUCUAUUCGUUGUGCUCGGAGUGGGUGUCAUGUCACUGGACGAUAACGACGCGGUCCUCAAAGAGCAUCUGCAUAUGUCUACAGGCAGGGGUUUGGAUUUGAGUAGUUAUGUCAAACGAUAUUGCGAUCUAGCGAUGAGAUGCCUUGUUGCCGAUCGGUUCAUGGAGAGCUAUCGCCUCAGCACUAUCCAAUGUUUGAUUUUACUCAUUUAUUCAAAGAAUCACUCUAACGAUGGGGGCAUGAACUGGGCAUUACUGGGUGGGUUUCCAUGAUCCCCCAUUUUUUCCAUCUAUUUCCCCUCUCUAUUUUUGGGAGUUUCCCGCGUUCCCCCACCACAAACAACCCUAAACCUGUAACCCCGGAUGCAUAAUUCUAAAAUGUGACGCUUGUGUUGAUUGGUGAUCAUAGGCUUGACCGCGAAUAUUGCCGCUGGACUUGGAUGUCAUAAAGACGGGGCGAAUCUCGGGCUGGAUCCGGUACAAACGGAGCAGAGACGACGAUGCUGGGCAGCAAUCCUCAUGCUUGACGCCUUCCAGGCGUCUGCCUUCGGUAGACCGAGCAUGAUGAGGGCUACUCAAUUUGAAACGCGCAUGCCGUUAGAUGUGAACGAUGUCGACAUCACCAGGACGGGGGUGCGGGAAGCUUCCUCACGCCCAACGCAGAUGACUUAUCUGAAUCUGAAAUUUCGGCUUCUGAAUAUCACGUCCAAGAUAUACGAAAAGCUGUUCGGCGCGGAAAAACCGGAUUACUCGACCAUCAUUGAACUGGAUCAGGAGAUUCGCAACGAGCAGAAGAUCUGGCCGGGCAGGUACUCGGUUGACGGCACGGGGCCAAACGAGCUGCAGGCCAACGAUCAAGUGCAUUGGUACAUCCUGCACGGACAUCUGCAUCAGAUGUUCUUGCUCCUCCAUCGACCAUACUUUCACAGAUCGUCUGCGGAGAAUCACCCUGUCGCUCCGGACUCGAGGAGGCAAUGCAUCGAGUCCGCGACAUCGAUCCUGGAAAUAUACAACAUCUUAAAUACGAAGCCGAAAUAUCAACCUUACAGAUGGUACACCAACGGCCUUGCAACCUUCCAUGCGUUCCACGCCGCGGUAGUGAUAUCUGUAGAUCUACUAUCCAUGCAUGACCCGAGUCAAUCAUCCACUUGGGAGACCCUCCAGCAGGUACACGACCACUUCACCAAGAACACACCUAGGAGCUCAAUCGCCGUAAAGACCCUGCCUGUCAUAACCUUCCUCCGGUGAUCCCCCCUCCCGUCCACCCCCCGAUAGUGAAGUAUUAACACUAGGAUCUUAUCAGUAAAAAAAUAUCCGGCCGCAUAAAGGCUGCUACCCCCCCACCACCGCCAGCAGCACUUCCACAACCCCCCACCCAAGCAAUGGACACAACCUACGGACACCAAACCAUCACUACCCCAUCGCCACCCCACCGCCCCCAACAGCAGCAGCAGCAACAACAACCCCAAGUGUACAAAGACACCCCUCUCUACCCGACUCACUCGUUCGCCAAUGCCCAUCACCAAAACACAUACCACCUCGACCCAACCACCACCGCCACACAAACGAGCAUUAUCCCCGAAUCGAUGUACUACCAGGCCCCGCCGUCGGCAGCGGUAACGAAUCCAAACUUUGCGCCGCUGGGGGUUAUAUAUCCGCAGGAUAUGGAGUUGGACGAUUGGCUGCACGGGAGUUAUAUGCAAGAUCUGAGCCAGUGGGUUUCGCCGGGGGCUUUUUGUUGGGUAGGUUUUGUUUUUCCCCCUUCUUCCCUCGCUUUCUGGGGUUAGUUUUGCUGAUUUGAGGCUGGCGGGGUAGGAUGAGAUUAACCAACAACAGUGUGCCCUGUCCUUGGUGUAAACCUGCCCUAUCCUAUUCUAUUCUGAUCUGUUCGUUUAGAAGAGGAAUAGGAAAAGUGAUAUGUUUUUUUUUCUUCUUGGUAUCGUCCCUACCCACCGCACCGGAAAGUUAUCCUUUUGCCUAAAGUUUCUAGCUAGCUUACUUUCUUAUCUCGUCUUAUUUACGAAUUAGUUUUAUCCAUUCUCAUCUGUUUUUCCACUUGUUUUUUCCAUUUCUAGUUUGGGCAGAAGGAAUAGGUGCUGUAGGAUUUGAAUUUUAUUGCCUCGUAUCUGAUUUGACACACUUUAUCUUUUAUGCAUCUUCAGUCUGCAAGUUAGUUAGUCGGUUAGUAAGCAAGCUUAGGCAUG